UACUAUACUUUUUUCCAUCACCUAAAUUUCCUUAUAAUCUCUCCUCCCCACUCUCUAUCCUGUUAGUCUUCCUCAUCAUAGAAAAAUUUCCUUUGUUCAUUCUUUUAAGUUUAUAGUCUUCCAUUUGUAAUAUGGAUUCUAGCAGUUUUCAAUGUGACAAAAGGGUAGAUAAAAAGAUAAUAAGAUACAAAGAGUGUCUUAAGAACCAUGCAGCUGCAAUUGGUGGCAAUGCAACUGAUGGUUGUGGUGAGUUCAUGGCUGCUGGAGAAGAAGGAACCCUUGAAGCUCUCAAAUGCUCAGCUUGCAAUUGCCACAGAAACUUCCACAGAAAAGAGAUAGAGUCAUCAUCUGAUUCUAAUUCCACUCCUCUCAUGAUUAUUCCGGACACUACUCAGAUAAGGCCAAUGUUGACUUAUUUAUCUCCCAACAAGAGUGGCUCAAUUAGUCCUUCUGAUCAGAGUGAUGAGAAGGACUACGAAGAUGGGAUAGUUAAGGAGGUGGAGAAUCCAAAUGAAAAGGUGAAGAAGAGGUUCAGAACCAAGUUCACACAAGAACAGAAGGAGAAGAUGCUGGAUUUUGCAGAAAGAGCAGGGUGGAGAAUACAGAAGCUAGAUGAAUCUGUGGUGCAGAAGUUUUGCCAUGAUGUUGGAAUCAAGAGAAGAGUCUUCAAAGUGUGGAUGCAUAAUAACAAGAACACUUUUGCCAAGAAAAAUCCCUCCACUUAGCUAGCUUAUAGCAUGAUGCAUUAUCUUUUCUGUCAUGUUAUUGCCAUUUGUUUUAGAUUUUUUUUUCCCCGUGUUUUGCUACAUACUAAUUCCUAUUUUUUUCCGUUUAUUUUACAUUCGGAGAGAUGUAACAUUUAAAUAUUAAUUUUUGGGUCA